AUGAUGGGUGCUACUGGUCUAAAUGGGGCUGGUGUUGCCACUGCUAUUGCCCGGCAACGGCUCACUGCUCUCCCUCGGUCUUCGCGAUUGAUGUCCACUUUCCGCACCCAGCGCGUGCGCCUGCCUGGAGCGCCCGGUCAAUUGACCUCAGGACUCGCUGGAAACGCGUCCCGUUGGGCAGCCCCGGCUCUUGCUGGCCCUGCCGCCAUUCGUUUCAACUCUACCGCCACCGAUUCCAUCGCUAUUCCGGUUGAGACACCAGGCGAGCUACCGAAAAUCGAAGACCUCUCUGCGAUCGAUAUUGCGAGCAUCCCCGAACACAUUGGAUAUUUGAAACUACUUGGGUUGGACUAUGGCUGGGGUCCAUCUUCCAUGAUGCAGUGGACCCUCGAACACAUUCACAUGUGGACCGACAUGCCCUGGUGGGCCAGUAUCAUCGGCUGUGGUAUUCUAAUUCGUCUGGCACUUUUGAAGCCUAUGCUUGACGCCUCCAACCAAGGAGCCAAGUUACAUAACCUGAAGCACCUUCUCAACCCGGUCCGCGCAAAGAUGAUGAAGGCCGCCACGGAGAAGAAUAACGUUGAGGUCCAGCGGUACAGAGCGGAAGCCAAGCAGAUCCAGAUAGACAACGGUAUCAACAUCUACAAGUCAUUUAUUCCUAUGCUUCAAGCACCGCUAGGUUUUGGAAUGUUCCGUGUUCUCCGAGGCAUGACCGAGCUUCCUGUACCGGCCUUGUUAAACGAGCAAGUCCUCUGGCUCAAUGACCUAACUAUGUCUGAUCCAUAUCUUAUUCUCCCAAUCAUCAGUUCAUACUGCUUGUACAGGACUCUGAAGAAAGGAGGUGAGGCUGGUAUGACUGAGCUCAUGAACGGUCCCGCAGGCAAGGGCCUUAUCCGCGGUCUCCCAAUCCUGACCUUGGCUUUCACGGCAUUCAUGCCCAGUGCGCUCCAGCUCUACUUUGCUGCUACGGGUAUUUGGGCCUAUGGUCAAGCCCAAAUCGUGAACAAUCUCAAAUUCCGCGCCUGGAUGAAGAUGGAAACUCCCCAACAAUUUGGCAGUGAUACCGAGCUCCAGAACGAUAGUCUGUCGCAAUUGACACGACGCAUCCAAGAAGAAAACCAAAAACGACUCCGCGAGGCCCGAGCCGAGUUCCAAGAGAUGAAAGUCGAUCCCUCAAAGAUGAGUGCCAUCGAUCGAUGGAUGAAGGAUGGAAAGGAUUGGCUCAAGGAGCUUCAGCAACAGGUUUCCAAGGGUGCGAAGGACAUGAGCGGCUCCGGUCGUCCUGACACCAACGCAGAUGGCUCUCCUGCUGCGCCACCACGUCUUACCGAUGCCCAGCUUAAGAGGGCAACAAAGGAAGAGGAGGAACAACUUGCAUAUGAUAAGGAGGAACGUGAGCGUCGUAACGAGGAACGCCGUCUUGCUUAUAAGCAGACGCAGGAGAAUGAGAGAGAUCGUGUGAAGAGAUCCAUGGAGAAACAACAGCAAGCUGCGCAACGGAAGUGA